AUGUCCUGGUUUCAAAAAUCCUUCACCCUCCCCUCCCGCUCGCGCGGCAGCUACCUCAUCACCGACCAAGUAGUCUCCGAACUGCCCGAGCUGCGCGACUACAAGUGCGGCAUCCUGCACCUCUUCGUCCAACAUACUAGCUGCGGGCUCUCGCUGAACGAGAACUGGGAUGAUGAUGUGCGCGCGGAUAUGAGUGAUGCGUUGGAUCGCAUCGCGCCGUAUGAUAAAAAGGGGAACCUUUAUCGGCAUUCGGCCGAGGGGGAGGAUGAUAUGCCUGCCCAUAUCAAAUCCGCCCUCGUCGGCGCGUCAGUCACCAUCCCGAUUACGAACGGACGUCUGAACACCGGAACGUGGCAGGGUAUUUGGUACUUGGAGUUCCGGACGAGUCGGCACAGCAGAAAGGUGGUGGCUACCAUUCAGGGUGAGAAGGCUUGA